UGGACAUUAGAGCGCGCUGAUUUUGAAAUGUGCGUUUCAUAAGCUUAAGAGGGCGAUCAACAGUAGCAUGAAAUAAAAUUACAAACUGUACAGUGUAUAAAAACCAUCGAGACACGUGACAUAUAUUCAGGAGUAUGGGCAAAGACAAGCGUGUUGUAUAUUUUUACGAUCCAGAUUGUGGAAAUUUUCAUUAUGGACCGAAUCAUCCUAUGAAACCACAUAGACUUACACUGACUCAUACUCUUGUGGUAAACUAUAAUCUGACAGAUCGCAUGAAGGUCUACAAACCGUAUCAUGCCAGUAUGAAGGAUAUGAUAUCAUUUCAUUCACAAGAAUAUAUCGAAUUCCUGCGUGAUGUCACACCAUCUAAUGUGCAUACAUUUCCUAAAGAAAAAUUAUUAACCUAUAAUAUUGGUGAGGAUUGCCCAAUUUUCGACGGUAUAUAUCGCUUUUCCUCUAUUCACACUGGUGCAUCACUUCAAGCUGCUAAAUACCUAAAUAAUGGAGUAACAGAUAUUGCAAUCAAUUGGUCUGGGGGACUUCAUCACGCUAAGAAAUUUGAAGCGUCUGGAUUUUGUUAUGUAAAUGAUAUUGUUAUAGCCAUAUUAGAAUUAUUGAAAUACAAUCCACGUGUACUUUAUAUCGAUAUUGAUGUUCAUCAUGGUGAUGGCGUACAAGAAGCAUUUUAUCUCACGGAUCGUGUAAUGACAGUAUCGUUUCAUCGUUAUGGAAACAUGUUUUUCCCUGGAACAGGUGAUAUGUACGAAAUUGGAGCCAAAGCUGGGAAAUACUACGCAGUGAAUGUUCCUUUAAAAGAAGGCAUUGAUGAUGACAUGUAUUUCAGUGUUUUCCGAGCUGUUAUAAAUGACGUAGUUGCAUUUUAUCGACCAACAACUAUUGUACUUCAAUGUGGCGCUGAUUCGUUAGGCUGUGAUCGGUUAGGUGUAUUCAAUCUGUCUAUUAGAGGUCACGGUGGCCGUGAUUUCCGAAGAAUUUGUGUUUCAUCCCUCAGCCAACCGUGUAUGCGAUUAGAUGAAAACAUGGUAUCAAUGGAGAGAUUAUUUGAUAAGUUUUGUUUUUAGCUAUGCUGAGUGGUUUGUGACGUGAAAACCGAACGUAGCCAAAAAAUCGAUAUCAUUGGUGCAGUAUUCAAUAAUUCUUGUACAUAAUAUCUCUCCAUCGUUUUUUUUUAGAUUCAACGUAUAAUGAUAAAAAAAGCAAUCUUUUCUUUGAAGCUAAUGUUGGUUCUACUCAUACGUUCUGUCCCAAUAUUAUGUAUGAAACACAUUAGCUGAGAAUGUGCUUGGAUCCACGGAGUAUUGGUGUUCUCUGUUAGUUAUGAAACCAACUUAAGCUCAUGAACAGACUUUGUUCAUUUCAAUUUCAUUAAAUAAUAAGUCAGCAACAAUGAAGUAACCGACAAAACUAUUCUCAAUCGGAUCAUUAAAACUAUUAAAUAUGAUUUUACUCAAGUAGUUUGUCCUUAAUCGAAUAGAUCACACAUUUUGGAUUUCACUACUAGAUGUUACUAAAUAUAACCAGUGUGCAUAUGGGCGAUAUCGAGACAUACGUAAGUAGAGUCCGUCAUAAUCACGGUAGUGAUCGAAGACGAAUGUAUGAAGCGUUUAUGUUGUCACACAUAUCAGGAUAACUGCAGAGAAUUCCAUUGGUUAUUAUCUGCCUGCCAGACAUAGGAACUCUGACCGAUGUACAUAUGUGGUAUGUUGCUUAUGAAUGCUUGACCACUAGUAACUUUUUCCAACUGACCACUAAGAUGGAGUUCAGCCAACGAAUCCAGACAGUUCAAUGGAGUCUUAACGUAAUAAACAUUGGGGUUUUGGAAAUAUAGCUUCAAGUAUAUCAUGUAUUUGCUGUUAAGUGAACGAAUUCCACCUAAUCUACUUAUUAUAUGCUGCGAUAUUUUCCGAAAUGAAACAAUAAUAAUAAGCUAGUUAUAUUGCUCGAAUAGUUCAAUGUUACUAUACAUUGAUCCAGUGGAAAAUUUGUUAGGUGAAUUUGUGAGCGUUAAUCCGUUAUUCGAAGAUCAGUUACUUGAACUAUAGAGCUGUACUUUCACAGUAUUAAAGAAAAUAAUUAACCUACACGGCGUUAUUAUUCGAUUACGUUCUGUAUGAUCAUUCCGAAUGUGCCUGCUUCUCACCUUUGUUCCUCAGGAGAUGUGUUCGAAUGGUUAAAGAACUUGGUCUGCCAUUAUUGGUUGUUGGCGGUGGUGGUUAUACUGUGCGGAAUGUAGCACGCUGUUGGGCAUAUGAAACAGCCGUCCUACUCGAUCAAGAGAAAGAAAUUUCCAAUGAAUUACCUUAUUCCCCGUACAUUGAAUUCUUUUAUCCUGAUUAUACAUUACAUCCAGACUUGACAACUAAGUUGGAUAAUGCGAACACACGGCAAUAUAUUGAAGCGCUACGAAUGACAGUUCAUGAUAAUUUAAAACAACUUGUACAUGCUCCAAGUGUUCAAUUUACUGAUGUACCGAAUGAUUAUCUAGCGAACUUUUGUAAUGAUUCGAAUGAUGAACGGGAAAAACCAAACGAACUGUUUGUUGAAGAGGAGCAAGACUCAACAGCUGCUUGAUAACAAUUGAUUUUUCUCGUCAACAAAUUUUAUUUUCAUUUUAAUCUUCGUUAUUCCUCUCUCUUUCAUAUAUAUGCAAUUUCGUACUACAAGCACACCGUUCUCAAACAACGUCCCACCCCAAAAAUAUUAACAACAGUAGGAAAGAUCACUUUUCUGAAGAUUUCAGUUCAAUAAAAAAAAUAUUAUUGUCUCAAGUGUGAAAUAUUAUUGUUAUGAUUACCAUUAUUAUACGUCAUGGAGAAAACAUCAUCUCUCCGAAAUACAAAUUGCAAAAUGAAAAAAAAGAGAGAAAUUGUGAAAUCUACCAAAAAAUCAUGUAUAAAAUUUAUUCUUUGUAUCUUCCUAAAAAUAUAUGUAUGAAAUGAUGUUAAUGGCAAAUGUUGUAUGUAUGUAUAAUAUUAAUUAUUGUUGUUCCA